UGAUAAACCAGCAGUAUCCAAUCUUCUGGCAUUAUUGAUUGGAGCCUUCUACCCUGGCUGCUUGCCAAAGUUGCUUUAACAGUUACGGUUGCUAGGGUGUCUGAAGACCCGUUUUAACUAUAAAACUUGUAUUAUUCUUUUUGCGCUUAUACAAGUAGCGUAACAUGUAGGUUGAAAGAAUGAGAGAACGACAGAAGCCACACUUAUAAGAAGCAAAAUGACCGGUCUACGACAGCAGGAAAGAACUCUUUCAACAAACCCAAUUAUCAAUGACUUAGAGACUGGCGAGGAGGAAGAUGGGUUGAUGGCGGACGGAGGUCGUUCAGUUGGUGGCGAUUUAAGGCAGCGGCUGGACUUAAAGAUAAAGGCAGUUGAGUCCCUCUCGGAGCCUACGCGGAAAUAUCUUCAUGUCAGCAAGCAUGGGAAGCCAAUACCGACGUGGAUGAAAUGGGACGAGCAGCCGAAACACAACAAAUGGAACUACUACAUGUCGCAGCUGUACACUCUGAUGACCGACGGCACCAGCAGCCGCUCCGCGUGGUUCAUUUCCCGCUUCAUGAUCACCACCAUCAUCAUAUCAGUCGUCAGCUUUUGCCUGGAGACGGUUCCAUCCUUCCAGAAGGACCGCAACGCGGCGGCGAACACGGCCUUCACCUGGGUGGAGGCGGUCACCAUCCAAAUAUUCGCAGCGGAGUACCUCCUCAGGCUGGGCUCCUCACCCGACAAGUUCAAAUUCGUCCGUGAGCCCUUCAACAUCAUCGACCUCAUCGCCAUCGUGCCCUGGUACAUCAUCACCUGGAUCGGCACCACGUUCACGGGAACCACCGUGUUCCGGGUCAUCCGGCUGUUCCGGGCGCUGCGGGUGUUCAGGCUGGGAGGCAGGUAUCCCAAGCUGCCGGUGGUGCUAACUGCGCUACGCAAGUCGCUCGACAUGCUCGCCCUCAUGUGCUUCCUGCUCUCGCUCUCCAUCGUCUUCUUCGCCACGCUCAUGUUUUACGCGGAACGGGGCAAGUGGGACGAGCGACUGGGCUACUACGUUCGGCCCAUGGAGGUCGUUCAUGACUAUGAGGGCGAACCGCAGCCCAGCCCCUUUGAGUCCAUCGUUUCUGGGUUCUGGUGGGCCAUUGUGACGCUCAUGACAGUCGGCUACGGCGACGCCUACCCAGUAACAGCGGGCGGCAAGGUCAUCGUGUGCGUGGCGGUGAUCUGCGGCGUGCUCUCGCUGGCGCUGCCCAUCAGCGUCAUCGGCACCACAUUCUCCAACGAGUGGGCGGCGCAUGAGGCGGCGGAGCGGCUGCGAGAGGCAGCGGGGGUCAAGCGCAAGCACGUGGCUGUUACCUCGCCUGCGCUGCUGCGUUUGCAUCGCCUGCUGAGCGGCCACCUGGCCAACACCGCCACGCUGCUGGACAUCAACCGCAACUCGGAGCUGGCGUUGGACGAGGCCAGCGGCCAGCUGCACGCCACCCUCAAAACCACCAAGAAGCAGCUGCACACGGAGGCAAAGGCGGACCUCCGGCUGCGCAAGGUCACCAAGCGCCUCAAGCCGGAGGAUGACACGUCCUUUGACGAACACUACGGCUACCUCUCCUUGCAGCACGUGAAGGAGCGCUUCCGAGAGCAGUUAGGUCCCAUGGCAGCAGCGGCGCAGUCUCUGGGUGCCCGCGCUCGCCACGUGAACCGCAUGGGGGUGGUGAAUGAGCUGCUCUUGGACCCGGGCAUGGCCGCACUUGUGGCACGACUGGCCAAGAAGCAUGCGGAUCUUGCCUUUCUGCUGGCAAAGCAUGAGGAGAAGCCGACACCGCUGAGUCUUCUGGAGGCGGAAACGAGCGCUCUUCAAGGCUACGUGGAGGAGAUUUCGGAGGAGGAGGCCAAGAGGGCGCAUGGAGGAGGAGGAGGAGGCGGGGUACACCGCAAGGAUACGCAGCUGGCGGAUGGGGAGUUGCCGUCGCUGCCCUCCAUGUGCGAGUCAACUGGAGGACGCCCGACAUAACUUCUUGUCGUGUACGCUUCCGGAGAUCAAACUACUGGAAGCACAAGCUGACGCCCAUGCGCCCAUGUGACUUGGCGUGUGAUCGCUGUGACCCUGUGACAGAUUGUAUAUAUAACCUAACGCAACUGAUCUCGGGGAUUGUCGCAAGCAUGUAUGGAAGGUGGGAAAUACAAGGGCGCACACCGGCACACGGCUUUAGUGCCCAGACAUGUACUCACAUGUGCGCCGCAAGGGCGCCUUUGCUCGUAGCAAUUGCCCGUGCAGGUCGGCCUUCUUGUGCGUGUCCUUCUUCUGGGUGUGUAGGAUGUAUGGGAGGUAACUGUCACAAGCUUCUCACAUCAUAAGGACCACUCCUGUCGUGCAUGGCUGUCUAGGCUGCCGUACUUGUUGCAUGUUGUGAAUCGUACCGGUAGUUGAUGCAGGCAGAAACUCGGCUGCUGAAGUGCUGAUGGGUUUGACGGGGAUAGUUCCCGAUAUACAACAAACACGUGAGAACGUUUAUGCGUUGUGCUGCAAAGAGUAUUUCCUUUUUGAAAAUGUAGGUGUGGGGCUGCACCUUUUCCUACCGGUAUUGGCAUGGUGCAUUCUCCUUAUUACACAUAUGGCUGCAACUGGAUUCGCACAGUUGUUGUAUUAUCUAUGGUAAGACAAGGAAAACUCUAGUUCGUUGCCAGCUUGUGGCAGCUGUAAGACGCCUGGUUGGUCGUACCGCUGCGUCGUUGACGGUUAUUACCAAUAAGGGACGUAAAACUAGGACGCUGAUAAGCGUGUACUAAAUUUGGGUUUGGUAGGACUGACUCGACGUUCGUGGAUGUAAAGGUUUUCCCGGUGUAUCUCUUUGGAUUUACCCGGGCUCUUAAGGACUGGUUGCUCGUACGUCGUACUCUUGUGCAUCAAAGACACUUUGCAUUGGCCAAAUGCGCACUAUGCCUGGAUUGUAACACGCUCAUGUUCCGC